AGUUUCACUUUCCCUUCUGUUACAUCAGCCACAGAGAAGCUAACAAAAAAGAACCAGAUGCUGGGAUAUAUAUAGGUCUCUAUAGCAUUCAUAGGCAGCAGAAGAGGAAGAUUUCUGAAGAGCACAGCAGCCUGAACCGCAGCCCUUCAGAACGGCCGAGAAUUGCACAACCAUGAGCGAGACCACCAAGGAGUCCUUGGAGAGCAGCUUACGGCAACUAAAAUGCCAUUUCACCUGGAACUUGGAAGAGGGAGAAAUUUCCUUAGAUGACUUUGAGGACAAAGUGUUUUACCGGACUGAGUUUCAGAACAGUGAAUUCAAAGCCACAAUGCGCAACAUACUGGCCUAUGUAAAGCACCGCAGAGGCCAAAACGAGGCAGCCCUGGAAUGCUUACAGCAAGCUGAAGCAUUAAUCCAACAAGAGCACACUGGCCAGGCAGAAAUCAGAAGUCUGGUUACCUGGGGAAACUAUGCCUGGAUUUACUACCACAUGGGCCGACUGUCAGAAGCCCAGAUUUAUGUAGACAAGGUAAAAUGUGUCUGCAAGAAGUUCUCCAGUCCCUAUAGAAUUGAGAGUCCUGAGCUUGACUGUGAGGAAGGGUGGACACGGUUAAAGUGUGGAGGAAAGCAAAAUGAAAGAGCAAAGGUAUGUUUUGAGAAGGCUCUGGAAAAGAACCCAAAGAACCCAGAAUUCACCUCUGGACUGGCAAUAGCGAGCUACCGUCUAGAUACCUGGCCGCCAUCUCAGAACCCCGUUGACCCUCUGAAGCAAGCCAUUAGGCUGAAUCCUGACAACCAGUAUGUGAAAGUCCUCCUGGCUCUGAAACUUCAUAAGAUGGAUAAAGAUGAUGAAGGAGAAAGGCUAGUUGAAGAGGCCUUGGAGAAAGCCCCAGACACAAUCGAUGUACUUCGCAGUGCUGCAAAGCUAUAUCGAAGAAAAAAUGAUCCAGACAAAGCCAUCGAACUGCUUAGAAAAGCUUUGGGAUACAUGCCAAACAAUGCCUACCUACAUUGCCAAAUUGGGUGCUGCUAUAGGGCAAAGGUUCUCAAGGAAAUGAAUAUGAGAGAGAAUGAAAUGUAUGGGAAAAGAAAGAAGUUACUGGAACUUAUAGAACAAGCUGUGGCUCAUUUAAAGAUAGCCGAUGAGACCAAUGAUAAUCUCUUCCGCGUCUGUUCCUUUCUUGCCACCCUCCAUGCUCUAGCAGACCAGCAUGAAGAAGCAGAGUAUUACUUCCAAAAGGAAUUCACCAAAGAGCUUGCUCCAGUGGAGAAGCAAGUUCUCCAUCUGCGGUAUGGCAACUUUCAGCUGUUUCAAAUGAAGUGUGAGGACAAGGCCAUCCACCAUUUCCUAGAGGGUGUAAAAAUAGACCAGAAAUCAAGGGAGAGAGAAAAGAUGAAAAACAAACUGCAAAGAAUUGCCAAAAGGCGACUUUCUAGAAAUGGAGCAGAUUCUGAGGCUUUGUGUCUCUUGGCAUUUCUUCAGGAGCUGAAUGAAGAAAUGCUAGCAGAUGAAGAUGCUGAGAGGGGUUUGGACUCUAAAAGUCUCAUUCUAUCAGCAUCAUUAGCUGAGGCAAUUAAUGAGGACUAGAGAUAUGGUGCCCAAGGGCUACUGCGGAAAGAGAGCGAAAAGCCCUCCAGCAAGUUGGUAUUCAAAACGUGUAACAAGUGGUGUGGUGUAAACACUUAAGACACUGGUCAUGUUCCUGGAUCAGGAUUAUGGGAGAACACCGCUGUGUCAGGUGUUAAUACCGGAAUUGAUGGAUCAAGGGAAAGCCCAUGGGGUUUCUAGAAAAGGAACCAGAUUGGAUGCAGGGGAGGGGCAGAUCCGAAGGCUUUUUGAUGAAGUUAUUUUCUAGUUGACUUCUUGAGUGCAGUUUGUAUUGUCACAUAUUCUUGGUCACCUUUAGUGGGGUGGUGCCUUGGGCUUGUUUCUAUGUUUGUAUAAAGCAGACACAUUCCUCACAUGUUAUAUUGAGAUUUAUCUUCACAAUUUUUUUUCAUCUGUGGAGUCAUUUUAGAUCCCCUAGAGGUUGGUGCUCCGUAUACAUUAAUGUGUUGUGUCUAUGAAAAGACUGGAGAACUCACGUCUAAAUAGGGCUCGGUAUUCCCCCUUUCUCACAUCUCCUUUUCCCAGCCAAUCCUCAAUCUGGAGGGUCCUACUUACACAGCAUGAGUUCGAUUGUCCAGUUAAAUGAGGUGGCAACAUAGUUUGAGAAAAGAGAGCACAGGUGAAAUCUAGAAGGGACACAUCUAGGAGAAGCAAUGGGGUCAGACAGUCACAGUGCAAGUCUUUCAGGAGGUAUGUGGAGAGAUCAUACCUCUUCUCUGCCCUCCCUGUAAUCAUCAUACAGCAUGGGAAGAAUGAAAUGAGAUUCUGUACAAUACAUUAGAAAACAACACAGUACGUUUCUUUAAAACCAGUAUAAAAAUAUAUAUGUCUCCCCAGUAGGGCUAAGGAUAAAGAGAAAAAUAAAGACAUACUGGUUUAUCUUUGUAGGUUAUAAUCAAAUGGAGAAAUGUUCACUUUUAUAGCCACUAUUAGGGAAUAUUUUUGUGUGUAAGAUGAAGAACUGACUGUUCAAAAUGCUUUGAUGAACCCAGAUUUGAGAUGAUGAAAAAGCUGCAGAAUGGGAGAAUAACUUGGUGACUAUGGGCCUAAUGGAAGAUCUUGGGAAAUGUUGUUGGUAAUGGAUGGUAGGUUUUAUUACCCCUUUAGAUAUGUUGUAUAUUGGACAAUAUAAACAUUUCUUUUAACUCUGGAAAUCUUCAGGGAAAUCACAAAAUUUGUGGUGCCCUUGAGGCAGUUGGGAUUUUCUAAAUAAAUAUGGAAUGGUCUAGACAUCAAGGUUGGUGAGAACCAAAAUAGAGUCAGCUGACCCAGCCUGAGACCAGCAGCCAACCUCAGGAUUGGAAAAUGUUUGCCUUUUGGAAUUAGUUUGAAUUGAAGUUACAUUAACAUUAACAAUUAAAACAUUAACAAUUUAAGGUUUUUAAAAAUUAAUAGUUCUAACUACUGUAAUGACUUUCAUGUUAUUUUCUAUAUUAAAAAUAUUGUGUGCAUUUGAGGACAUCCAUGUGUACGGCUUGAAUUCCUGAAAAAAGUCAUAGAUUUUAUUAAUAAAUAACUUAGAUAUGAUGGACCAUAAA